UUUUCUAAUCAAAAAGCUUCCAUAUUCUAAGAAAUGGUAAAUAUUUCGGAGAGAAUUCUUUCCAGACGUUCAGUAUCAAUAAAACACCCAUUGUAAGCAGAAUACAAAGAACGUUAAACCAAAACAAUGCUCAAAUCAUCAAGCACUUUAAAAUGCUUGAAGCUUUCGCUUUUGUCGAAUGCGACGCGUUCCGCUGCCACCUCUGCCGGUGCCUUAAAGCUGGACUAUUUGGAUUCAGCCGAUUGGGCUAAGGCACGGGCUUAUGAAGAAAUUCCUGGGCCAACAAAAUAUGAGCUGUUUCGAGGGUUUAUGCCAGGUGGCCAAUAUCAUAAAAAAUCCUUCACCGAUUAUAUUUUAAAAGCUCGUGAGCAGUAUGGCGAUAUUUUUCGAAUACCAGGCACAUUUGGAAAGGUCGAUGUUGUAAUGCUUUUCGAUGUCAAUCAUAUUCAACACGUCUUUCGAACUGAGAGUGCUUGGCCUUCAAGGCCGGGCAUGGAUUCGUUGACGUAUUACCGAAAGAAUUAUCGUGCUGAAUUAUACGAUCAAGCCGAGGGACUUAUUGCAUCGGAGGGAAAGGCUUGGUCAACAUUUCGAACAGCUGUGAAUCCGGUCUUAAUGCAGCCUCGCAAUGCAAAGAGCUACGUUAUUCCAAUGCAGGAAGUCAACUCGGAGUUCCUACAAAGAAUCCGUGAGAUUCGUGAUCCUCAUACCAACGAAAUGCCGGAUAAUUUCAUUGAUGAAAUCAACCGACUGACCUUCGAAUCAGUUGCAGUUGUCGCCCUGGAUAAGCAGCUCGGUCUAAUCCGGAAGAACAGGGAUAGAGCAGAUGCUAAGAAACUAUUCACCAGCUUAACAAUAUUCCUGCAGUCUGUGUAUGAGUUGGACUUCCAACCUUCUCUGUGGAAAUACAUUUGGACACCAUCAUUUGCUCGUUACAAGAAAGCUCUAGACAUUAUAUUUGAAACUAUAAUUGGUUUUGUGGAAGAGUCACUUGAGCAAAUGGAAAAGAGAAAUAAGAACAAUUCAGAGACGUUGGACAGAGAACUGAGUGUAUUGGAGAAGCUCAUUAAGAUCGAUAAGGCGAUAGCUAUUGUAAUGGCGACGGAUAUGCUUAUGGCUGGAGUUGAUACGACCUCAUCCGUUAUGACUGGGAUUCUGCUUGAGGUGGCUACGAACCCUGAGAAGCAGAAAAAAUUACGUGAGGAGGUGCGAAAGGUUCUGCCACAUAAAGAUUCUACAUUCACUGUGGAAAGUAUGAAACAUUUGCCCUACUUGAGAGCGUGCAUAAAAGAAGGCCUUCGCAUGCAUCCGAUUGGAGCUGGAAUUCCUCGUAAGGCCGGUGAUGAUAUUGCCCUGGCUGGAUAUCGUAUACCAAAGGGAACUCGAAUACUCUUAAAUGCAAAUUUAUUACUGAGGGAGGAGAAUUACUUCCCAAAGCCGAACGAAUACAUUCCGGAACGUUGGAUGCGUGAUGGACCUUUAGAAAAUGUUAUCACUCCUUUUUCAUAUUUGCCUUUUGGUUUUGGACCACGAAUGUGUGUGGGCAGAAGAAUUGUUGAUCUUGAAUUGGAAGUAACAGUGGCACGUUUGGUUAGGAACUUUUAUAUGGAAUUCAAUUAUCCGACUGAGAAUGCAUUUAAGAGUCAUUUUCUUAACACGCCUGCUAUUCCGUUGAAGUUUAAAUUGACAGAACUUGAAGAUUAAGAACAAAUAAAUUAUUGUAACUACCUAAAUUAAUUAAUAAACUUUAAACUAAA